GAAAGGACGGUCUUUCCUUGAACGUUCAGGCCAAUACGGCAUCGGCAUCUAUGCUACUACGUAGCUUGUAGCAUCCAUCCAUCCAGUGACCCUGCUCUCAUUUCUUUCUUUCUUUCAGUUGCAUGCACACAAAAGUUGCCCAAAUGUGUUACUUUCUGCUGGUCUCUCUACUGCUAGCCACCACUCUCACCGACGUAGCCAGUGCCCAGAGAUGGAGGGAGGCGAGCGUCGGCAGGGACAAAUGGAACGGCCUCCUGGACCCUCUCGACGCCGGCCUCCGGCGCGACCUCAUCCGCUACGGCGAGCUGGCGCAGGCGACGUCCGACGCGCUCAUCGGUGACCCGGCGUCGCCGCUCGCCGGCGCGUCGCGGUACGCGCCGGACGCGUUCCUCCGCAAGGUGCGGGCGUCCGACCCGGACGCGUACCGCGUCACGAGGUUCGUCUACGCGACGUCGAGCAUCCGCCUGCCCGACGCGUUCAUGGCGAGGCCGGCGCCGCCGCUGGGCGCCGCGUGGAGCGGGGAGUCCAACUGGAUGGGGUACGUCGCGGUGGCCGCCGACGGCGUCGCGGCGGCGGCCGGGAGGCGGGACAUCGUGGUGGCGUGGCGCGGGACGAAGCGGGCGGUGGAGUGGGCCAACGACCUGGACAUCACGCUGGUGCCGGCGGACGGCAUCAUCGGGCCGGGGCCCGGGUGGUCGCAGCCGUCGGUGCAUAGGGGCUUCCUGUCCGUGUACACGUCCAAGAGUUUCUCGUCGCGGUUCAACAAACUGAGCGCGCGGGAGCAGGUGCUGGCUGAAAUAGCGAGACUUCUGCGCGCGUACAAGAACGAGAACUGCAGCAUCACCAUCACGGGGCACAGCCUGGGAGCCGCGCUCUCCACGCUCAACGCCGUCGACAUCGUCGCGAACGGCUACAACGUCCGCGGGCCGUCUCGCGUCCCGGUCCCCGUGACGGCCAUCGCCCUGGCCAGCCCACGCGUCGGCGACGACCAGUUCAAGAGGGCCUUCGACUCGAUGGCCGGCGUCAGCCUGCUCCGCGUCCGCAACGCCCCGGACAUCGUCCCGACCAUCCUGCCGUCCGCCUUCUUCAAGGACGUCGGCGCGGAGCUGCUCGUGGACACGCGCAGGUCGCCGUACCUGAAGAGCCCCGCGGGCCCCGCGCAGUGGCACAACCUCGAGUGCUACCUGCACGCGGUGGCCGGCACGCAGGGCGCCGGCGACGGCGCGGGGUUCAGCCUGGCGGUGGACCGCGACGUGGCGCUGGUGAACAAGGAGGUGGAUGCGCUCAGGGACGAGUACCAGGUGCCGGCGGCGUGGUGGGGGGAGAAGAACAAGGGCAUGGUGCAGAACGCGAGUGGGCGCUGGGUCUUGCAGGAUCACGAGGAGGGCAACCUUGCAAUGUGAUCGAUGGUCGAUUUGGGGAAUUUUGUGGAACCUAAAUAAACUGAUGAUUUUACUUAGAUGAAAAUUAAUUUUCCGAGAAAAUUGUGAAUAGGAAGGGCCGAAGGGAAAUGCAAAUAUAACUAUAUAAGCUAUCUUUAUAUGCCUGAAAUUUUCGAGUUAUAGCUGGCACAUCUCCCGGAGUUAUUCAUGUUGGAAUUAUUAAUUGGGCUAAGGCUCAUGUGUAGAAUAAUUCCUAAGAAAAUCACAAAA